AUGUUAAAGCUGGUAGUUCUACAAUUGUCUAUUGCCUUGAUUAUUGUCUCAGCAUUUGCAGUCGAUAUUGAAUUCUCCAACUGCAACUGUGACGACGAUGGAUUUUGGAGUCUCAAUCAUAUUCUUGAUUGCCAGAAAGCGAGUGAUUUCUUUAUUGCAAUUGCCUAUUUUUCUAUUCCAAUCGAGUUGCUUUACUUUCUUAGCUGCUCGAAUGUUCCAUUCAAAUGGGUGCUUCUCCAAUUUGUUGCAUUUAUAGUCCUCUGUGGGUUGACUCAUCUGCUCAAUGGCUGGACAUACUAUGGUCCUCCUUCUUUCCAGUUGAUGAUGGCGCUUACGGUGGCAAAAAUUUUGACUGCCCUUGUCUCUUUUGCAACUGCAAUUACCCUCCUGACUCUGAUCCCUCUUCUUCUCAAAAUAAAAGUUAGGGAACUCUUCUUGAGGCAAAAUGUGUUGGAACGUGAUCAAGAGGUUGGGAUGAUGAAGAAACAGACAGAGGCGAGCAUGCAUGUCCGGAUGCUUACCCAAGAAAUUAGGAAGUCGCUUGAUAAGGACACAAUACUAUACACGACUCUUGUUGAGCUUUCCAAAACCUUGGAUUUGCAGAAUUGUGCAGUUUGGAUGCUGAAUGAGAAUGGAAUGGAGAUGGACUUGACCUAUCAGUUGAGUGCAACUUUGAGAGAGCAUCAUAGGAUGCCAAUGAGUUCAAUUUCCAUAAAUGACCCGGAUGUGUUGGAGAUCAUAAAAAACGAAAGAGUGAGAUUUUUGAGACAAGAAUCGGUUUUGGGAGCUGCAAGCUGUGGUGGGAGUACUGAGACGGGUGCUAUUGCAGCAAUUAGGAUGCCGAUGCUUCGUGCUUCUAAUUUCAAAGGUGGGACACCGGAGUUUGUUGAUACUCGUUAUGCCAUAUUAGUUUUGAUUCUUCCAAGUACAAACGAUAGAGUUUGGAGCAACGAUGAAAUGCAGAUAGUAGAAGUGGUUGCUGAUCAGGUGGCUGUUGCUCUGUCCCAUGCUGCAAUUCUUGAGGAGUCUCAGUCAAUGAGGGAGAAACUGGAAGAGCAAAAUCGGGUUUUUCAGCAAGCUAAAAUGAAUGCAAUGAUGGCAAACCAGGCAAGGGAUGCUUUUCAAAGAGUGAUGAGCAAUGGGAUGAGGCGCCCACUUCAUUCAAUAUCGGGCUUACUAGCCAUAUUUCAAGACGAGAAUAAGAGAUCUGAACAGGGGAUCAUUGUCGACACAGUGCUUAAAACUAGUAAUGUUCUCUCGACUUUAAUAAAUGAUGCAAUGGAGAUAUCUGCCAAAGAUGAUGUUAGAUUUCCAUUAGAGAUGAGACCCUUUCGGCUGCAUUCUAUGAUCAGAGAAGCUUCGUGUCUUGUUAAGUGUUUGUGUGUUUACAAAGGCUUUGGUUUCUCCACAGAUCUUCCUAAUUCUUUGCCUAAUGAGGUCAUGGGUGAUGAGAGGAGGACAUUUCAGGUAUUGCUGCAUAUGGUUGGGCAUUUAUUGAAUGUCAGUGAUGGAAAAGGGUUAGUCAUAUUCCGGGCUGUUGAGGAUGGUGGAACUGAGGGCAGGGAUGACAAUUUGUGGGCAGCAAAAAGACCAAGCACUACUGAUGAGUAUGUGAGCAUGAAAUUUGAAAUUGAAGUUAACGUUGAAGGUUUUCGAUUGGAAAGCUCGACAUCUACAAAUUAUUUAGCUGGCAGGAGGAAAAACUACAAAGAAAUAAAACAGGGACUGAGCUUCAGCAUGUGCAAAAAGCUUGUGCAGAUGAUGCAAGGUAAUAUCUGGAUGUCCUCAAAUUCAGAGGGACGUGUGCAUAGUAUGAGUUUUACUCUCAGAAUCCAGAAGCAGUCUUCUUUUAGAAGACACGUGUUUGAACUUGGGAAUUCCGAGCAACAGGUCUCUAACUCGAAGCUGAGGGGACUUAGGGUAAUAUUAGCUGAUGAUGAUGAUAUAAAUAGAAUGGUUAGUAAAAAGCUGCUGGAGAAACUAGGCUGCCAAUUAACUACCGUUUCAUCUGGUUUCGAGUGCCUGAGCGCUCUGGGGCCAUCUGCCACUUCUUUCCAGGUUGUCAUUUUGGAUCUACACAUGCCAGAAAUGGACGGGUUUGAAGUUGCUUUGAGAAUCCGCAAGUUUUGCAGCCGUAAUUGGCCGUUAAUCAUAGCCAUGUCAGCGAGUGCAGAGGAGCAUAUAUUGGAAAAAUGCUUACAAGCCGGCAUGAAUGGCCUUAUUCGAAAACCCGUUCUUCUCCAAGGAAUGGCUGACGAGCUCAGGAGGGUCCUGCAAAGAUCAGGUGAAGGGCUGUGA